CUCAGCUGCUCAUGUCAGUGCGCGCUGUACCACGAACGUGAGAGGGUGUAUGUUCUCUCGCUCGCUUCACAUCGCAAGUUGUUUUGGUUAUUUCGUUUAUGUUUAAAGUAUUCAUUGUAAUUUUGGGGACCACGUUGAGUUCUCAACUACGUUUAACCUCAUUUGAAGAGGUGUCAACUAGAAGAAUGCACUAAACUGAUUUUGUGUUUACAUCAGCAAGUAAACAUCAUAGACCUGUGUCGUGACAGAAAAUUCUCGGGAAUAAACACUGGUUUUACAACAGAAGACUGACGGCCUCCUGCUACUGAAGGACGGCUGCUGACUUGUUUAGCCAGACAGAAAAAGUUUAUAAGAAAGUCAACUGAGGAAGAAAUUGUUUACUGCAAGUACAAGCUUGGGCUGAGGACACCUUGCCCGGCGUGUGGGUUGUACAUCAGCCGCUGCACGAGCAACAACAUCGUCACGUGAUCUUCAGUCAGGUCUCGAGUUACUUCACAACUCCCAAGAGGACAACAACGUACUGCCCUGAUUGUUCUUUGUUAAGUACUUCUUCAUCAAGAUUUCAAGAUGGAGAAAAUAUCAUCCCUAGCAAAUAUGCCGGUCUAUGAUGAAGAGACUAGACAGAAGAGACACUCCUCAGAGCAGAUGAAUGAGGACAUGGAGAGAAUGUUUGAGGAUGGAACUGCUGAGGAUUUUUCUAUCAGUCAACUCACUGGUGAUGCCCCAGCUGCAGCAUCUGCUCUUUGGUCUCCCGGAUAUAAUGACGUCUUACAGAUUUGCGAAUCUGAUGGGCGGAUUCGCGACGUUGAGAUAAAAUACCACCGAAGGGAUACCUUCCCCCAUGUCCAUCACCCUCUGAGGCCACAUCACCAUCGUAGGGGCAGCCGAAGGGGGAGUCAGAGUGAUGAUUCUCACCCUUCAUAUUCCCGUCUGGAUAAAGAAGGAGAGGAGGAGGAGGAAGAAGAAGCAGCAAAUCAUGACCCUGGGGUGUCCUUUCAAGUGGGUGAACCUGAACCUGCAGUGGCAUGGUCACCUGGGAUUUUGAAAGAUGAUAUAGCACAGCCGGCGACAGCAAGCAAGCCACCAAGCUCUCCACGCAAAAUCUUCACUGGAGUUCUUGAUUCUGAUAUUGAGGAGCAGUCACCAUUACUGGCAGAUGAGGAUGCGAAACUCAGACCUUGCAUUCGACCAACAGAUUCUGAUCUUCAGUAUAUUGAUGAAUCGUCUCGUAAGAAGACUCGCGUCCAGUUUGAUAUCGGUGAAGACGAGCAGCAGCCAGACCUGGAACAUCGAACACGACGCAGACGCUCGGCCAAAGCCCGUCGUCGUGGUGAUACUGUGGAAGAUCCAGCUUGGCGUCGUCAUGCUGGAAGCGAGCAUAGUUUGCAGUCCCAUAUGGCUGCUGCUGCUGCUCCAACUACUGAUGAAGAAGCCAAAAAUUUGGUUGAACAUGACCUUGAUGAUAUGUCGAGUCACAGAUUCGAUGACCCAAGUGCUUAUCGUCGCCCAAAAGUACGAGCACGUUCCUCGGUGUCUUCCAUCAUCCAUGCAAGUGAUAAGGAGGAAGGGAAAGCUGAUCGUCAGGGACCCCUCAUUAAGAAAGCUAUUGAUCACAGUCCUCAUGAGGUAUUCGUUGAGUUGGACGAGUUGAAGUAUACAGAAAACGGCUUUCAGUGGAAGGAGACGGCCCGCUGGAUCAAAUAUGAGGAGGACGUGGAAGACGUUGACAACCGCUGGGGCAAACCUCAUCUUGCCUUUCUGAACUUCCAUGCAUUGUUCUCCCUCCGCAAGGGUCUUGAAGCAGGUAAGGUUGCUUGCUCUCUUCAGAAUGCAACUGGAUUUGAUAUAAAGCUACAAAUUUACUUCGAUCUUGUGGUUUUGAAUCCCAGUUUUUUAUGA